UUGUUUCUUUGCUUUACAAACACAGUCUUCCUCAACUUGUUAGUCUCUAAAUAUCUGUGAAUUUAGAUUAAGUGAAAUGGCUGCCUAUGGAGCUUUAGUUUCUGUGUUGAAUAUUAUAGAUCAAAUUCAGACUCAUCCACGCCUCUGCAAAAUUUUCUUGAAAGCUAUAUUCUCCCCACGGUGGCUACACCGAAGAAGAAGAUAUUUGGGAGAGUCGCAUUGCUGAAGCAGCUUAUGAUGCUGAAGACGUGAUCGAGUCGUAUAUCGUUGAUCAAAUUCGUCUUCGAUCAAGAUGUGAUGUAGAAACCAUCAGCUCCAUUCAAUUCUAUCAAGGUCUGCAAAAGGUGAUAGAAAACAUGAAUUUGGUCAGGACUGAGAUUAAAGAGAAGGUGGUAGUCCACGGCUCACAAUGUUCCCAUGAUUGGUUUUGAUGAUGUCUUGUUGCAAAUGUUGGACAAGAUCACUAGAGGAGAACCCGAUCUCCAAAUUCUUCCGAUUGUUGGAAUGGGUGGGAUAGGCAAGACCACUCUUGCUCAAAAUAUCUAUGUAAGUCCACUUGUCCGGAAACAUUUCGAUGUUUGUGCAUGGUCUACUAUUUCUCAAGUGUAUAAUGCAGAAGAAAUUCUCAGACAAGUUAUUGAACAAGUACAAGUUCUUGAUCUAGUAGACAGUGAUGUGAAUAGGGUGAAUGCCAGGAGACAUAUAAGUGAAGAUGAUUUAGAAUUACAGUUGCACCAAUAUUUGAUAGGAAGGAGGUAUUUUAUUGUGAUGGAUGAUAUGUGGAAUAUUAAGGCUCGGGAUCAAGUUAGGAGAUUCUUCCAGGAUAACAGAGAUGGGAGUAGAAUAUUAGUGACUACAAGACUAUCAAACUUGGCAUAUCUAUUCAACUAUUCGAUUGGUCUUGAUAUGAAAAUUUUGGAUGAUUAUGCUAGUUGGAACCUAUUUUCCAAAAUUGUGUUUGGGGAUGAAAGUUGCCCUCAUGAGUUGGAGAAUAUUGGAAAGAAGAUUGUGAAAGGUUGUAGAGGACUUCCACUGUCAGUUAAUGUAAUAGGGGGACUCUUGUCCAUGUCUGAAAAAACAGAAGAAAAUUGGGGAUAUAUUGAAAAAAAAAUUUAAGUUCAAUUGUGAAUUUGGAUGAUAAUCAGAAAUGCUUGCAAGUAUUACACAUGAGUUAUAAUAAUCUACCGGUUCACUUAAAGCCAUGUUUUCUUUAUAUGGGAAGAUAUGGUGAAGAUGAAGAUAUUGUGAUCUCUGAUUUAAUCCAAUUGUCAGUUGCUGAGGGAUUUGUAAAACCAAUUAAUGGAAAAUGUUUGGAAGAUGUAGCAAAAGAGUAUAUAUAUGAACUUCUUGAUAGAAAUCUCCUUGUAGUUGGAAUACACAACUAUUCAUUGAAAAUGCAUGAUCUUGUGAGGGAUUUAUGUUUAAGAGAAGCUCAAAAAUUGAAAUUCUUAUGUGUGUUGGAAGAGCACGGCAUUCCACAAGACAUACAAUCUCAACGCUGUAUCGUAGGUAGGUUAAGCGAAGAGAAAUAUCCAACUCAACUCCUUCAAUCAUUGGAAUCUGCAUCCCUUCUCCGGUCUUUUACCCUUGGUCCAUCCGUUAGAAAGAAACGUCCAACGAGUUUAUUGUACAAUUUCAGAUUAUUGAGGGUAGGUUAUGUGGAACAAGAUUAUGAGGAGAUUCUCCCUUGGCUAGUGAACUUGCGGUUUCUUGAUGUGUAUGUUGUUGAUGAGGAUCCAUUACCUUCUUCGAUCUAUUUUCUCUGGAAUUUAUGGAGACUGCUUUUACACAACGUAGGUAAGGAUUAUGUUUGCGAGAUUUGGAAGAUGCCUCAACUUAGGCAUGUUGGCACCGAUUUAAGAGAAGGGACACUUGAUGGUGCAUAUUGUCUUCCCGAUACUUCUUUCAGUUACGAAGAGGAUAUGGUGCUGGAAAACCUUCAGACACUUUCUCACGUGAAGAAUCUCAAGUUUGGUGAAGUAGUGCUUAAAAGAAUCCCCAAUAUCAAAACAUUGAAGUUAUACUAUAAAACAAAAGUAGAUACCUCAAGAGAACACACCUCCUCCUCCGAAGAGUCCUCUGAAGCAGAAGACUCAUCCGAAGAAGAAGAAGACUUCUCUGAAGGAGGAGGAGGAGGAGAUACCUAA